AUGAAAGAUAAAUGCCAACUAUCGCUUCCCAUUAACUACCAAUGGGCGCAAAAGUCUCCGCCGUGCACAGGACACUUUUACGACCAGGGCAACGCAAUUAACGAGAUCUGGAUCGGGGAUGUUGAAGUGAUAUCCCGGCUUCCAUUCGGAGACUCAGACCUGGAGCAAGCGGGCUGGCAGAAGAACAGCUGGCCAAAAAUCCCCUGGCACCAAUUCAUAAUUCCGUUGCGCAAACGAGACGACACGUCCGACUCCUUCUUAGGGUUCACUCGCUCUCCAGCGGCUGACGAUCGGCCUCCAACCCAUGGAUAUCUUGGAAUGUAUGCAGACGAUAGUCCAACUGUGGCACUCAUAUUGGGUAGCUUGUUUCUGCUUUUCAGCUGGGUCUUUCUUCUGUGGUCUGUCAAGACGGCGCUGGGUGUCAUAUUCCGUCGACAUUAUAAUCCGCCGCCUGGGUCGGUACAAAACUCUUACGCCCUUUUGAGCCGGCGUGGCACGUACUUCUUUGUCAUAAAAGCCCUUUUGCUGUUCGUACUCGCUGUUGUCUAUACCGUCCUGGGCAUCCCGGGUAUUGUGACGGGGAGGCAACGGGUCAAUGCUUACUCCAUGCUGCUUUAUGACGUGGCGUUUCUCUGUGUUGUGUUCCCUUGUAUCGUGACUGCGAGUCUUGUCUACCUGGUUUGCUGGUCGAGGCUGGAGCUCCGCGCUGUGUACAUUGAAGCGGCCGUUCGUGCAGCUAUGGACGAUCCUGUUGUACUUGAGGCUAUGGAGACUGGUGUGAGAAUCGCGGUGUUGAUGUGA